AUGGAGGGGACACAGGAGGGAGCGGGGUGCGAGCUGCAGCGGUUCGGCCCCCCGGCUGCUCUGCAGCCCGCACAAGAGACGGCAAAUCCUGAGGCUGCUAUAAGUAGCUGCAGCUCUCAUGAAGAGGAAAAUCGCUGCACCUUUAACCAGCAUACAUCUCCCUCUGAGGAACUUCUAUUAGAAGACCAGAUGAGACGAAAACUCAAAUUUUUUUUCAUGAAUCCUUGUGAGAAGUUCUGGGCUCGAGGUAGAAAACCCUGGAAACUUGCCAUACAAAUUCUAAAAAUUGCAAUGGUGACUAUACAGCUGAUCUUUUUUGGCUUGAGUAACCAGAUGGUGGUAACUUUCAAGGAAGAGAACACUAUAGCAUUCAAGCACCUCUUCCUAAAAGGAUAUAUAGACAGAAUGGAUGACACAUAUGCAGUGUAUACACAAAGAGAUGUGUAUGAUCAGAUCGUCUUUGCAGUGAACCAGUAUUUGCAGCUAUGCAACGUCUCAGUUGGGAAUCAUGCAUCUGAGGACAAGGGCACGGAGCAGUCGGCCAUGGCAGUCUGUUGGCACUUCUACAAGCAAGGAAACAUCUAUCCUGGAAAUGAUACCUUUGACAUUGACCCAGAAAUUGAAACUGAAUGUUUCUUUGUGGAACCAAAUGAACCUUUUCACAUUGGAACACUAGAAGAAAAUAAACUCAACUUAACACUGGACUUUCACAGACUCAUAACAGUGGAGCUGCAGUUUAAACUGAAGGCCAUUAACCUGCAGACUAUUCGUCAUCAUGAGCUCCCGGACUGUUACGACUUUACUCUGACUAUAACUUUUGACAACAAAGCCCACAGUGGAAGAAUUAAGAUAAGUUUAGAUAAUGACAUCUCUAUCAGAGAAUGUAAAGACUGGCAUGUAUCUGGAUCAAUUCAGAAGAACACUCAUUACAUGAUGAUCUUUGAUGUCUUCAUUAUUCUGACAUGCUUGGCUUCAUUAAUCCUGUGUGUUCGAUCUGUGGUGAGAGGACUUCAGCUUCAGCAGGAAUUUGUCAAUUUUUUCCUCCUCCAUUAUAAGAAGGAAGUUUCUGUUUCUGAUCGAAUGGAAUUCGUCAAUGGAUGGUAUAUUAUGAUUAUUAUUAGCGACAUAUUGACCAUCAUUGGAUCAAUUCUGAAAAUGGAAAUUCAAGCUAAGAGUCUAACAAGUUAUGAUGUCUGUAGCAUACUUCUUGGGACCUCUACCAUGCUUGUGUGGCUUGGAGUUAUCCGGUACUUUGGUUUUUUUCAGAAAUACAAUCUCCUCACUCUCACCCUCCAGGCGGCACUGCCCAAUGUCAUCAGGUUCUGCUGCUGUGCAGCCAUGAUUUAUUUAGGCUAUUGCUUCUGUGGAUGGAUUGUGCUGGGGCCUUAUCAUGAUAAGUUCCGUUCUCUGAACAUGGUCUCUGAGUGUCUUUUCUCGCUGAUAAAUGGAGAUGAUAUGUUUGCCACAUUUGCAAAAAUGCAGCAAAAAAGUUACCUGGUCUGGCUGUUUAGCAGAAUUUACCUCUACUCAUUCAUCAGCCUUUUUAUAUACAUGAUUUUAAGUCUUUUCAUUGCACUGAUCACUGAUACGUAUGAAACAAUUAAGCAUUACCAACAAGAUGGCUUUCCUGAGACUGAACUUCAUAUGUUUAUAUCAGAGUGCAAAGAUCUGCCUAAUUCUGGAAAGUACCGAUUAGAAGAAGACACUCCAGUAUCGAUAUUCUGCUGUUGUAAAAAGUAG